GAAAAUUCCCCAUAAACCCCAGAAAUUCCAAAGCAUAAUUCUAGCAUCCAAUCACCAAUAUAUUCUCUCCCCAUUUUGCCAACUCAGUAUAACUCCCUAAAUCUUCACCCGCCUAAAAAAACAGAGUUCGUUGCUAAAAAUACCUUUCAGAGACAAAAAGCCGUUGCUAAAUCUCUCCCCUGUUUCUCCUCUGUUUCUCCUCCGCUGGAGAAACCCCAUUUCUGGUGGCCGGAAAGAACCUUCGGUCUUUAUCUCCAUCUGGGUUUCUUGAGUUUCUUCCUCGUCGUCUGCCUGUGGUGGUUUGAAGGUCACCGGAGGACGAUGAUGUCGGUGGCGUCGCCGAGAAAGUCAAUAACGGAGAAAGUGUUUGAGAGGGUCGGAGGGGUUUCUUACCUGAGCAGUUAUCUCAAGAACAAUAACGGUCGUAACCACCACCACCAUUAUCACAGAGAAGUUGAGAGCGAUGAUGAUUACUAUGACGAUGAGGGGACUAUGGAGCUUGUGCAAAUUGGAGCUGAGAGGACCAAGAACGUUUUGAUUCUGAUGAGUGAUACCGGCGGCGGACACAGAGCUUCGGCUGAGGCGAUUAAGGAUGCGUUUCGGUUGGAGUUUGGAGAUGAAUACAGGGUGUUUGUGAAGGAUGUGUGGAAAGAGUACACAGGUUGGCCUCUAAAUAAUAUGGAGAGGUCUUACAAGUUCAUGGUGAAACAUGUUCAGCUAUGGAAGGUUGCAUUUCACAGUACCUCUCCUAGAUGGAUUCACAGUGUCUAUCUUGCUGCCAUUGCAGCCUACUAUGCCAAGGAGGUGGAGGCCGGUCUAAUGGAGUACAAGCCAGACAUCAUUAUUAGUGUUCAUCCUUUGAUGCAACAUAUUCCUCUAUGGGUUCUCAAAUGGCAAGGGCUUCAGAAGAAAGUGAUAUUUGUGACAGUGAUUACUGAUCUCAACACUUGCCAUCCUACAUGGUUUCAUCCGGGGGUCAAUAGGUGUUACUGUCCAUCGCAGGAGGUAGCUAAAAGAGCUCUAGUUGAUGGCCUUGAAGAGUCCCAAAUACGUGUUUUUGGCUUGCCCAUCAGGCCCUCUUUUGCCCGAGCAGUAAUCUCCAAGGAUCAACUUAGAGAAGAACUUGAAAUGGACCCUGAGUUGCCUGCAGUAUUGCUGAUGGGAGGUGGUGAAGGAAUGGGGCCUGUAAAGGAAACUGCAAGAGCUCUGGGAGAAUCCCUCUUUGAUAAAGAACUGGGAAAACCAAUUGCACAGCUGAUCGUUAUAUGCGGCCGCAAUAAAAACCUUGUUGCCACGCUUGAAUCUGAUGAGUGGAACAUCCCAGUCAAGAUUAGAGGAUUUGAGACACAGAUGGAGAAAUGGAUGGGAUCUUGUGACUGCAUCAUAACAAAGGCUGGUCCAGGCACAAUCGCGGAGGCAUUGAUCAGAGGGCUUCCUAUUAUUCUCAAUGACUACAUUCCUGGACAAGAAAAGGGCAACGUGCCUUAUGUGGUAGACAAUGGUGCUGGUGUCUUCACCAGAAGUCCCAAGGAAACAGCCAGGAUUGUGGCAGAAUGGUUCAGCACUAAGCCGAAUGAACUCAAAAGAAUGUCCGAGAAUGCACUUAAACUAGCACAACCGGAGGCUGUUUUCGACAUUGUCAAAGACAUUCACGACCUCGCCUGCCAACGUGGUCCUCUCGCAAACAUCGCUUACAUCCUGACAUCCUCAUUUACAAGUAUAAUCUAAUGAUCAGUUUGUGUCUUCUUCUAUUCAUUACUGAAGUCCCACCCCC